ACUACAUGAUGGCGACAAUGAUUUACAAAAUGAAAUUGAAAUGCUCUUGAAAUUAUGCAUUUUAAUAUUUCUUCCGUCAUUCUAAAUUUGCAACUAAAAGACAUUUAAUUCUCUUCCGGCUUAAUUUCCGUUUCCUUAAAAAAGAAUAAAGAAAUAAAACCAGUGCAUGCAUAAUUUGAGUGGGUGGAUAAUUUGUAUCUGUCUUUCUGUACGUGCACUCCACAUCCCACCAGAACAACGCCAUCACCAUUUGUAAUGUGUAGUGCUGCAGAGAUGCAAACUGAAAGGUGAGUAUAAUUGGCAUUCCAUAAUUUGCAUAAUGAAUAAUGACAUCGAUAUUUCAAUGGCAGGCAGCAGUAGUGUUAUAAGUUUCAACGCUGUGCAGGUGGGUGCAACCUUGACUUGGCCAAAAUACGUCCUUUGCAUGUAUUUUAACUGUCGGAUCAAGUAUAAAAAGUUGAGCAAAUAUAUUUAAGCAUAUUUAUAUAAACUCACAACGACAAUACACUGUCAAAAAGUGAUGAGUUUAUUAUUUAGCAUUUUUAUUGUAUGCAAAAUACAAUCGAGUUUUAUUUUAUAGCAUGGCCUGCAUAGGUAUAUUUAAUUGUUCGUCAUCGUUGUCAUUAAAUGUUCAUGGAUUUUACGGUGGUGCGUGCGUCAAUAGUUGAGUUCCAUGAAUUCCUUUUGUCAGCACGUUGUUAGCUUCGAUUUUAAUUUUUGAGAUGGACAACUGGAUAACACGACUUGUAAGUAUUAAAGAAAAGUAUUUUCCACACUUGACCGGACAACACCUUCAUAAACUUUAAUAUCAUUACAUACAAUUUUUCACGCCAAACGAGUAAUUGCAUGCAAGCAGGCAGGCCUUUCAAGGUGUCAAAAUGUAAGGAAGGAAAGGAAACUAAUUACUUUACGCGUGGUGGUGUGUGUAGUAAUUUUGGUAUUGACCCACAAAACUUAUCACCCUCGCACUUAUUAUUUUACUUCCUCUCUAAAUGACUUUGUUCUUGAAAUAAUUAUUAUUUUACGUGCACAUGAGACUUGCAAAUUCUGUUAGCUCUUCAGUUUAUUGAUACCUUGCCUCAUUUUCGGUUAUCACUUAGGAAUAUAUUGUACGACACCUCGAAUUGAGAUGACAUUACGAAUAUUGCGUAACUCUUGACACGUCAUAUUUUUAAUAAGUUUACUUUUAGUGACUGGAGUGGACUGGACGCACACAAUUACUACUGAAUUACUUGCAUCGUGUCUCGUUUAGUUGGAAGUGAGUGAUAAUUAAAAUUGAGAAGAUGACUCGAUGAAUUAUUACAUAAGUCGAGACUGCCAAGCGAACGGUUCCAUUGUUCUUUUAUUUGAUCAGUUGUCAUUUUCAGGCACAGAUCAAUAUUUAGUGAAAGCUUGACAAUUAUUUGUUUUGGAAAGUAUAGUAAACUGGAUUUGUUUGAAAUUUAGUAGUACAAAAAGGUAUUUAUGGAGAGAACAGAUACCCAUUUAAUUAGUCGGUUAUUGUGACAUCAAAGUGUUACACGGUACAGAAAAAUUUAGCAGAAAUGGUAUCAAGUCAUCUCUUCGAUGCCGCCCUGCUCGGGGUGCUGGCUCUCACGGUAAAAGUGGUCGGAUCACUUCCGGAAAAUGUUCAAGACAAUUUAGUAAAUUUUCAUGAAAAGGAAUUUAGUGAACGAAACCAUCCGCACGUGCUCCGAUUUACUUCCAGGAAGAAAAGAAACGUUGCUCAGUUAGGGUAUCUUGUCGACCAUUACACACCCUUCAGUUCUACUCAGCUAUUAAAGCAUGGGAACUAUUGUGGGUACGGUGGGGACAGAAACCACGACGGAUCUACGAUUGACCAGUGUGACAAAUGUUGCAAAACCCAUGAUAACUGUUACGACGAGCUGCUCGGAAGAACCACUGAGCUCAUCGGGGUGAACGAAAUCAUCUCCAAUCUCCAAUUCUUCGGACCGUACAGCAUGGAUAACAAAUUCUUCCUGAAUAUUGGCGGUCUUCCGCAGAAAAGUAGACGCUGCUUACCCUACGUGGACCUCUACACGUUCCAGUUCCCGCAUUGCAGCGACGCAGGAGGCGUCUGUUCCAAACGGGCGUGUGCGUGUGACAUGGACUUUGUAAAUUGUUUGCGAAGGUCGCAAUGUCAGAUUCAGGGGUAGCUAAAAUUACGUAAUACGUAUGUUGAGGGAGAUUUUUUUGCAAUUUUGUUAUGUGAUACUUCUUAUUUUAUAUGAAUAACGACCAUGUGAGCAUUUCUGUAAUAAAGUUUUAAGCCGAGUUCGAUUAUAUGUGUCUCGGAUAUUGU